AUGUACGUGGACUCGGAAGCAUUAUUGGAUGUCGCGGCGAUUCUGGCGGCGGACUCCACGCCUCACGAAGGUGGUAUAUGCACUUAUAUUGUCGGGUUUGGGGACAAUAUGUUAUCUGGUGCGUUCUCUCUGUUCUCGUCGAGAAAUGAAGCAAGGUUUCCGUUAGGAACCGAUGAAGGCACUGGUACUGGGUCGGAGACGACAUACUUGGAAGCUGAUGUGCAGAAGCAGGAAGCCAUAGUAGACGCUUUUAAGCAUGCUUGGAAUAGUUAUGAACAGGAUGCUAUGGGAGACGAUGAAUACCACCCAAUGAGCCAUCGUGGAUCAAAUCUCUCCUUGAGCGGCGGCAUUGGAUACACUGUCGUUGAUGCCAUCGACACAAUGCAAAUUAUGUCCCUCAAGUCAGAGUACAGUCGCGCUCGGCAAUGGAUAAAAAGCACGCUCACAUUCGAGCGGCAGGGUAACUUCAACACCUUCGAGACAACCAUCCGCGUGCUUGGAGGCCUCCUCUCUGCGUACCACCUUUCACAGGAUCAGCUCUUCCUGGAACGCGCAGAUGACUUGGGUUCUCGUCUAUUGACGGCCUUCUCAACAUCGUCAGGCUUGCCUCUGCCAAUGGCCGACCUUGCGAGGCGUGUAGGCGUCCCCGAUCAGUGGUCCGCGUGGCAAGUUAGCACUGCGGAAGCCGCGACUUUGCAGCUGGAGUUUCGCUAUCUCGCUGAACUUACGGGAAAUCAGGACUAUUGGUAUAAAGCGGAGAAAGUGAUGGAAGUCAUCCAUAAGGCUUUACCUCCGCAUCACCUUGUUCCUAUAACUAUGGACGCGAACACUGGCACUUUCACUCAGUCAGAAAUACGUCUAGGCUCUCGAGGCGACUCUUACUACGAAUAUCUGCUUAAGCAGUACUUGCAGACCAACCGCACCGAGCCAAUAUACAAAGAGAUGUAUCAUGACUCAAUGCAAGGACUUCACGAUAAGCUGGUUCAUAAGACGCCCACGAAGCAUAUGACAUACAUAGCGGAACUGCUCCCUUCUGGAGGCUCUUACACAUUAUCUCAUAAACAAGACCAUCUCGUAUGUUUCCUCGCAGGCUCGUUGAUGCUUGGAGCAACAACCGUUGGCGCCAUCGACGGGAAUGUUUCCGUACCUCCGCGCAUGGAGGAACUGACACCGCAGGGGCAACGUGACUGGAACACAGGCGUGGAACUGCUUGAAACCUGUGUACACACCUAUAAUGGUUCCGAAACUGGUCUUUCACCAGAGAUAGCCAUGUUCCAUACCGAACGGCCCACCACGGGCAACAGAGACUGGUACAUAAAGGGUGCUCAGAGAGGAGGACCCGCGUCGUAUGACGCUCGCUAUAUGCUACGCCCCGAGACGGUGGAAUCCGUCUUUCUUGCCUGGCGUUUGACAGGAGACACACGAUACCGCGACUACGCCUGGAGAAUAUUCAGCGCCAUAGAAAAACACUGUCGCUUACCGAAAGGCGGUUAUGCCACCGUCUUAGACGUGGAUAACCUCCCAGUGAGGCACCUAGAUAAGCAGGAGACGUUCUUUAUGAGUGAAACUCUGAAGUAUCUGUAUCUUACGUUCUCUGACUCGAGUGUGAUAUCAUUAAAAGACCACGUCUUCAAUACGGAGGCUCACCCAAUACCCAUAUUCAAGCCAACCAUCAAGCCAGCUUUCCCAUCUUCCCCGUAG